AUGAAAGAGAGGGGCAAAGCUGUAGAAGCAGCUCGCGACAAUAUCGACAUGGAGUACUACUCUUCGUCUGAAAUGCCGUGUCGAAGGCACCCCAAUUCGUCUUCUGUCGGGAUAUGCGCAUUCUGUCUGAAAGAUCGUCUGCUCCAGCUGGCUUGCUCCGACUGCGGCGAGCAGCGCCUCUCCUCCUGCUCCUGCUCCGCCGUCUCGUCUAACCGCAACUCCACUGUGGAGGUCGGCAGCGUCGGUAGAGUCUCGUUUCUGAUCGAGAACGAAAAGCAGGAGCCUUUACAAAAACCCAGCAAAACCCAAGAGAAAGAGGACGUGGUGGUGCUCCGGCGAAGCAGCAGCAGUUGUGUCGAGAUCAAGAAAAGUAAUUUUUGGAGAUUUGGGAGGUUUUUUCGGAAGAAACGAUCGGAAAAAGAUGGUGGGAAUAAGAGUGUUGGUGGGUUUGAUGAGAAAAGUGAGAUGUGGCUGGUUGAUCACAUGGGAGUUUCGAGAUCAAGGUCUCUGUGCAGUUUCAGAGGCGGGGCCCUCUUCGGAUCGGAGGAUGGCGGCGAGCAUUUGAUGGUUUCCGGUGCCCGGAGCUCCAUUUCUGCUGCGAGAAGCUCUAGCGUUACAACUGCCGGAAUGGUUUUGGAUUCCGGGAGAAAGAGCGGAUUUAGUGAGGGGAGAAAGAGUGGGUUUAGUGAGGGAAGAAAGAGUGGAUUUAGUGAAGGGAGAAGGAGUGGAUUUAGUGAGGCAGAGCCGAGAAAAAGCGGUUUUGAUGGUGAGAAGAAAGAAGAUGUUGUAGGGUUUAGCAGUGCAACGAAACGCGUUUUUUCGCUGAAAGAGAGUGAUUUCGGCAUGGAUGAAUCGAGGUUUAUCGAUUUGAAGCUCGAUUUCGCGGCGGAUUCAAAGCCGGAGUUUUCGGGUUUGAGGGUGGGGAGCAUUGCAGAUGGAGAGACUGUUUUUGGGGGCAUGAGAAGGAGUGAGUUUGUGGGGGAUGAAUGCGAUGGGGGUUCGUUUGGUAUUUUCAGACACGGUGGUUCAUGUAGAUUGACAGUGAAUGAGAGAGGGAUAAAGAGGGGGAGCAAAAGUUUGAAGGGUUGGAGGUGGAUUUUCAGGCAUCAUCCAAUUCCAAGCUGGGGAAGUAGUAGGAAGAAGGAUGAAGAUUUAAUGUUCAAAACUUAA